GGGAGGUGCAGUUUGUCAACAAGGAGCAUUUCUGUCCACCUCAUCCUUCUUUUCUAUUUGUUCGUGUUUUUAUUUUGGCAGAGCAUCAUUUAUUCAACCAAUGGAACUGUUAAUCGCUUUACUAACUGCAUAAUUAUUAGACUAUAGCGUUCAUAUUAACCAUUGAAUAUUUAAAACAAACUUACAUUAACCUGUAAACAUGCCUGCUCGCAACGUCGUAUCUGAUAGCUUUUCAAACAACAAGGUCAGAUAUUCACGCCUGGCCUCUGACGAUGAUGGCUACAUUGAUUUACAGUUCAAAAAGAGCCCACCCAAAGUGCCGUACAAAGCCAUAGCCCUUGCUGCUGUACUCUUCUUAAUAGGGUCUUUGUUAAUCGUCAUUGGUUCCCUUCUUCUCGCUGGGUACUUUGGAGUCACUCAUUCAGACAGAACUGUGCCUGUUCUCAUCAUUGGGAUCCUUGUCUUUCUGCCAGGGAUUUACCAUCUACGGAUAGCUUACUAUGCAUCAAAAGGUUAUCCAGGAUACUCCUAUGAUGAUAUACCAGACUUUGAUGACUAGUUUCAAUCAUAUUUUAUCAUUAUAUAAACUGUGUUGCUUUACAAUUGCAGCCAGAAAUUAUCUCCUUAACAAGGCUUAGAAACUAGUUGCCUGUAUGCAUUUUUGUAUAUUAACUACUGUUAGAUGUUAAAUUGCAGUUUUUAUUUUAGUUUUUUACUAUUUGCUUUAUUGUGAAGAAUGUUAUUUCAUUAAAAUUUAAUGCAUCAUAAAGUAACAUGUAAAUUGUGAA